GACGCAGUCGCCGCCGCUCCGUCGCAUUGGCACCAUUGUUACGCCGUCACUCGUCCGUUAGCCAUGUUCUGCGAUCGGAUACAGGAGUUUGUCGUGCGAAAAUGCUCCUCGCGGGUGUGAGAGCCGAUCCGUCGUGUUAUCGCGCGGCUCGACGACGGUAAGGUCCGCGUACCAGACGAGUGGCAUGUGUUCGUCCUGUCGACGGGAGGACAUUGCGCGCGUGCGGUGGUCGUGCAGGGCGAAGGUGGGAUCUCGGCGGUGAAGCCUUUAUCGCAGCGCGCGUCGGAGUCUGUGUGCGACACCCGCCUGACCCAAUGGAGCCGCGUCCUCUCGCCGUGCCGUUGGCUUUGUUGACAGCGCUCGCAUGGGUGCACGCGGGGGGCUUGGACUUCAUCAUCGAGCCGCAGGACGUGGUGGUCGAGCAGGGUGGUCCCGCGAGAUUGGACUGCGAGGCGAAGAGCGUGUUCGGGACGCCGAGCAUACAAUGGCGGACGGACGACGGUCAGCCGAUCACGUUUAUCGGAGACAGUUAUCGAUCACAGCUAGCGAAUGGGUCCUUGUACAUAAAUAGCGUAUACGCCGGUAGUGCAGAAUUAACUGGAAGUUAUCAGUGUUUAGCCUCCAUAGAUAAUGUCGGAGCGAUUGUCUCCCGGACAGCCACGAUCAAGCUAGCAAGUCUGCCCGGCUUCGAGAGGGAACCUCAGGAUACGAUGGUUUAUGCAGGGCAGAUCGCGUAUUUGAGUUGCGCCCUGCCCGCUUCCUCGAGUUUGCUGAAAGUGCAGUGGUUGAAGAACGAGCAUCCGUUAGUACUCGAGACAAGUCGGAUGACGAUCUUACCGUCAGGCGCUCUGGAGAUCGACGAUGUUCAGUAUCACGACUUUGGUUCGUACAGAUGUAACGCCAGCGGCUAUGGCCAAUACAGACUGAGCAACAAAGCACAAUUAGGAUUACUGUCUAGCGACAUCGAUGAGGGAUCUAGCGCUCCAGUAUUCAUCGCACAACCUUUGCAACAGACAGCUGUCGAAGGAUCCGACGUGACUCUCGAGUGUGCCGCCAAUGGUUAUCCAAAACCGACAAUCUUAUGGCUGAAGGACGGCGUUGCUCUCGAUCUGGCGUCACUUGAUUCUAGAUAUCGGAAACUCGCGGCUUCUAGUCUCACGAUCAUGAACGUCAGGGAAUCCGACCAUGGUUCGUAUCAGUGUCGUGCGGAGAACGAAGUCGAAUCAUUAGACGCAGUCGCCGAGCUGAUUGUGCAAGUUCCGCCGAAAUUCACAAAGAAGCCGGAGGACAAGGUGGCGAGUGAGAAUCAAGAUUUGGAAUUUGAGUGCGAGAUCUACGGAAAACCGGAACCGAAAAUCACCUGGCUGAAGAACGGCGAACGCAUCACAUUUAGCGCGUAUUGGCAGAUCGUCAAUGGAAACAAUCUGAGAAUCAACGGGCUGUUGCCGAUAGACGCGGGUAUCUUCCAGUGCAUAGGGAUGAAUCCUGCUGGUAGCGUCCAAGCGGCAGCGCGUCUCACGAUUAAUCAGCCCAAGAGGACAAGCAUUCACAGAAUAACAACUCCAAAGACAAUUCCUAAGAAAAAACUACUGCAAUUGCACCGGCAGUUGUACAAUAAAACCUGGCAGCAUCCCAGCACACUCUUAGGACACACGUCGUCACUCACGCCGAAUCCUUCGGUCUCGAUAAGCUCCUCCGACGAUCCAUCGGACCUCCCGAGCCCUGUUAAAUAUCCUAAUUCCCUUUACGACCCAGACUCCCGUUUUGUAGAUGACACAGAUACUCUGGAGGCGUUCGAGGGAGGUGUACCGUCCCCGCCGAGGAAUCUGAGUCUCGUUAUCGUUACCGCGAGAUUCGUCACACUGCGUUGGCAAGAGCCAACAGAGAGUACGAACAGCGACUCCCUUAAUUAUUACAUCCAUUAUAAACAGGAAGGGGGUGUGAGGGAGAGAGUCGUCAACACGCAACAGAAACUGGAGGCUAUGAUACGUGGUUUACAGCCCAGUAUGACGUAUCAGUUCCAUGUGGUUGCGCAAAAUGCUCGAGGAACCAGUGCGCCUAGUGAAGUAUUACAAGUUACAACGCUGAUAGAGGCCAAUGUUCCUGGACCUCCAAUGAACUUGGAAGGUCACGCGACGAGCAGCAUGAGUAUUACCUUAUCAUGGGAGGAACCACAAAUUAUUAAUGGUCGAAUAUCUAAAUAUAUUAUUACAUUUAUGGAGGGCGACGGUGAGGAGGUAAUGCGUGAAACUACUAGUACAACGUACGAAUUGGUAGAUCUCGUGCCUUAUACGGAAUACAGUAUUAGAGUUCAAGCGGUUAACGAAAAUGGUCCAGGCGCGUUUAGCAAAGAUAUCGUAAUUCGGACUCACAGCGCACAACCCACGCAACCACCGCAUAAUGUUACAUUAGAAGCAGCUAGUUCAACGAGUAUUAUUGUAAGAUGGGAGCCUCCGCUUGAGGGACAGAACGGGAUUAUCACGGGUUACCGGAUCCGUUAUCGCAGAUAUCCGCAUGAUCGACGAACCCCGAUUACGGUGACGACCGAAGGAAACCAACGUUUACACGUACUCAAUGGGCUCGAGAAGCACGUGGUGUAUCAGGUUCGCAUAUGUGCCUUCAAUGUCAAUGGGACUGGGCCUUGGACCGAAUGGACGAAGAUAGAAACAUAUGAGAACGACUUAGACGAGACGAAAGUACCCAACGCACCCAGUAAUCUGAAAGCGAAUGCUGUGGGAGAUUCUAUAUUGGUGACGUGGCAUCCGCCGAAAGAUCAAAGUAUAAAAGUAAGGAAGUAUAAAUUAGGUUGGGGCAAAGGGUACCCCGACGUUGAGAUACAAGUUCUUGACGGAAAGCAACGUUCUUUUGCUAUCAAACCCAUAGAACCGACAACGGAGUACGUAAUAUCACUGAGAGCAACGAAUAAUAUCGGCGACGGUGAGCCAGCGUACGCGAAUGUAAGAACUCCCGAACGUUUCGUAUCUGAAUCUGCAGUGCCUUUAAUACCACCCGUUGGCCUUAAAGCUAUUGUACUCUCGGCCACUACCGUUGUAUUAUAUUGGACCGACACGACUUUAUCGAAGAGCCAAUAUGUCACCGAUAACCGGUAUUACAUGGUGCGUUAUAUGCCCUACCAUCACAGUACCAAUCCUAGAUACAAGUACUACAACGCCACCGACUUGAACUGUAUGAUUCAUGACUUGAAACCCAACACGCAGUACGAAUUCACAGUCAAACUGGUGAAGGGUAAACGCAGCUCUCCGUGGAGUAUGGUCGUUCUGAAUCAGACCCAAGAAGCCGCGCCCGCUGCUGCACCCCGAGAUCUGACUAUUCAAACUAAAGAGGAUCGUCCAACCUCCGUUCACUUGCGAUGGCAACCUCCCAAGCAACCUAACGGAUUAAUCACAGGAUACCUCAUCAUUUACUCCACCGACAACAAAAAAUGGGAUCGUGAUUGGCAGGUCGAGGCUGUUAUCGGCGACAAGUUAGACACCGUCAUAAAGGUUCUGCAACCUAAUACAAUGUACUAUUUCAAGAUCCAAGCCCGCAACUCUAAGGGAUACGGACCGUUCUGCUCGGAAGUGUCGUUUAAAACGCCACAAAGCAAUGGCAUGGAUAUCUAUGAUGAAUUGCAUGGUCGAGAUGGACGUGGUCUCUCAAAUAUAUUGAUUUACAUCAUAGUGGGUUGCUCUGUCGUUUUUACCACUGGUAUAGCGGUAGUGGUCGUUGUGAUGUGUUGCAAACGUAAUCCGAACUCGCCGGAUCGAAAAAAAGGAUACAUGAAAGACUCGAAUCAGAAGACGAAUAUCAAACCUCCGGACUUGUGGAUUCAUCACGAUCAAAUGGAACUCAAGGCGCUUGAGAAGUCGUCGUUGAACGGUGAAGCGUCGACCAGCGGUGUCACCAGUAAUACAUUACCCAGAUCGGGCAAUUCGGAGUAUAAUCAGGAUAACGUGCACGGCAACUCCAGUUCGCUGGACAAGCGUACUUACGUGCCAAGUUACAUGGGUAACACUGACGAGAAGUGCUCGACCCUGAGCAGGCAACACAGUCGUGGAAGUCACAAACCUAAACUUAUUUCACUUCCCGUUGACAGUGCACCUUUACAUCAACCUAUAGCUACUGCUACCCCAAUCGUCAAUACCAGCAUGUCGCAGCCGACUAUUCACAGUUCGUGCAGCGACACGUCGUCGGUCAGGCAGAACUAUCCACGAUCAGUCGCGCAGUAUAGUUUGAGCCGGGCGCACGUCACGCUGGAACCCACGCCGGAAUCGAGUCCAGAUUCCUGCAACAUGCCGAAUUCGUACGAGCCAUUGCAGAGCCAGUUAUCAUAUGGUACCAGCAGUCAGUCAUACAGCGGAAACACUCAAUAUGGCCCCGGUCAUUAUGGUAAUAGCAAUCAGCCAAUGAGCAACACCGUCGGUGUGGAAAGCAACAGCAGCAAGCGAUUGCAAGGGCAUCCACUUAAGAGCUUCAGCGUGCCGGCGCCGCCGCCGCAGAGCGCCCCUUCCACACCAGCGCAACAGAAGCACGGUGUGUCGCAAGUGACGGUGAGGCCAACGAUGUCGGGGAGUCCGUACAAGAAGCCGCAGAGCUCGUCGUCGCAAUUAGCAAAGAAUCGCUUAGCUUCCGUGUCAAAUCCGGCACACACUUCGGAGGAAGUAGAACGGUUAAAGCCUUCGUAUAGCACUGAAGAAUUGAAUCAAGAAAUGGCCAACUUGGAGGGUCUAAUGAAAGAUCUGAAUGCCAUAACAGCAUCGGAAUUCGAAUGCUAAAGUAGGUUCCUAAACCGUGUGCCAUCCUAACUGAUGGAUAGACUGCAAACGCCACAUUCUCAAUGUUAGUACCCGAGAGGUAAAUCAAUUACGACGCUUUGGCUAUUUGUACUGAGUUUCUGCCUCUCGUAUCCAAUACGAUUAUCAUUGCUGUUACACCAGGAAACCGAUGUCGCGCGAGUUAAUUAGCGCCGAUGAACGGCGCAAUUGACGAGUGGUCCGAAAUCGACUCGAAAUCUGACGGUAUUGCGAUUGGAAUCGCGCGUAUGACGAUUGGCGGUGGCUCGUCGGAUCACUCUGGGUCCGACUGACGUUUCCUCUCUCUCCGGUACUAGCGUUGCUUAUUUCGAGCGCGAGACUCAAAGCUAUAUACACUUGCCAAUAUAUUCCGACAGCCGAUGUCGCACGUUCUCGCAACGUAUUUUUGAUAACGCGAGCGCGCGUGAGUUAUUACCGCGUUGCAGUCGCGCGUGACAGAGCUCGAUGUGCGCACGACGUUGUAGAAAUGUUUGCAGUGUGCAGUCGCGUGUGUGUGUGUGUGAGUGUGCUGGGCGCGAUACAACACUGAUCGGGACGCGAAUCGACCGACACUGACUGAUCGCGGCAUGUUUCUACGAUGUGUGAGAGUCAAUUUGCACUUGACUUCAGUACGGUUCGGACACUUUUUCUCCAUUUCCUCGAUCAGUUUGGAACGUGGCCAAUAAUCCACUGGAAGAACUUGAUUAAAGUUCCGUUUGGGACGUCGUUGCGUGCGGACGUGCCCACUGAGCAGUGUAUAGGAGCGAUAGUUUGAGUUAUUUGGGUUAGAUAGGGCUUAGUUAGGGGUUCAAAGAAAAGACGGAAGAAGAGGACAGUGUGCUGAAUGAUCACAAAUAUCUUCGGGGAAGAUCGAAGCACGGUACUCUAAGCACCAAACUCAAAAAAGAAAAGGAAGAACAUGAUUCUCGAGAAUUGAGUGUCCAAACCGUAUCGAACCAAAUGUACAAUAAUCAUAGUCGAGCCAGGCGCGAAUAAAAAAAAACGUAACAUUCUUCUUCAACAUUUGCAUGAAAGUCCAAGGUGGCUUGACUCGUUCAACGGCACCCUUUAAUAAUUGUGCUUACGUGCGUUCGACGAGUGCAGCAGUCUUGCCUAAACGAAGAAGAGGAAGAAGCGAAAGAGGAGGAGGAGGAGCAAAUUCGUACUGUGUGCUGCGCGUACUGUUGUGUAGUCCCAGCGAAAAGCUCAUGCGUCGCUAUCUCGUUGCUAACUCGUAAUUCAUAUUUGUAUAAUCAUAUUCUUCAUCGUUGCUAAUGAUUGCCAUAUUUACGCUUAAAAAAGAUGAAGCGCGCGUGAGCCGUUCGGUCGAGUAGUGAAUUUUUACGGUCCAAGGUGGAGGGCGGCGAAUGAAUAUACAUAUUUGUUCUAUUUUUGUAUCUAUUGAAAAUCGGUUCGAGCGAGCGGAAUGCUUUGUUGCAUGUUCUCUCUCGCGUUUUGGAGUUUCGAGACGCGUCCGUUUCCACUCUCCAUGAUAUUACGUUGCUCGAAAGAGAGUAAAUUCUGUAUUCUCGUCGAGAUAUCUCGCACAAAUAUUGAUUGCUCGUUCGACGCAAGUGGGAUAUCCUGUUUUUACGCUUUUUAAGGACCGUAAAGUUUUCGUGGCUUAAUUCGGACGGCCUUAAUGAGACGUUUCACGUUAAGUUGUCUUGAACUCAAUAACCUUGGCAGCUCGCAUUUGAAGAUGGUUUCGUGCGCGUGUCCUUCGUUGUAGCGACCAUCUAGUAUUACGAUCUCAUUGGGAAAAAAAAAAUAUUAUUUUAGAGUUAACGCGAAAUAAUCGAGUAUAUAUGGGUAUUACGAUAGGCUGUUUAGUGUAACGGAGUCAACGAUCAACUUACUUUGUAGAUCGGUCGCGAAACUCGAUAAUGCGAAAUUUGGUUAUUUCGCGGGAUUUAGCGACGCGAUCGGUUCCGGCCGAUCUACCGCUGUUUCUACAUAGCUGAUCUAUUUUAUCGUAACAGUAAAGAUUGCGUUAUCGGCAAGUGCGGUCAAUUUAAAUGAAAUAAAUUUUAUUCUUUCCAUACGAGUCGCGCUCUCGCGAGCUGAAGUAUUAUUGAUAAAAGUUGUAUACAAAUAUUUUUAGUGGGAUAUAUACAUACUUUGUA